GUCAGUAAACAAAAUAUAAAAAAUAUUGACUACAGUAUAAUAACUUUUUGCUCUUCAGUGAAAUUACCAGAGCUCAAAAUAAGUUUGCAUCUAUUGCAGUAUGUACUUAUUGCUGACUGAAAAAUAUGUAAUUUUGGUACUGUUUAAAAAUUGAUUCAGGACCUGCCGUCGUCGCGUCCCGCCAUGUCCGCCCGGGAGGACCACACCUGCAGCAGGGCUGCGGCCCCGGUCGCCGCCCCCACUCAGCAGCAGCUCGACAAGAUGGCCGUCAGGAAUCUGGACUCGUACAUGGAGGCUGUGUCUAAGCCCUCGCAGACGCUCGAGCGCAUAAAGGAGAAGCGCCGUGCACGCCACGCGCAGGCGCUGAGCGACAUGGAGCGAGAGAUGGCGGCCGUGAGCGCGAGCACCGAGCAACAAGUGCAGUUCCAGGUGGACGCCUUGAACGGGUACAUCGACGAACAAACUGCCAAGAUUAAAGGAUUAUGCGAACGUGUACAGGUACCAACUGCAAGAAAAAAUCAAUUUGAAGAAACCAUUCAGACAGCGAGAGACAUCACUCUAGACAAAAAGCAGCAUGUUGCAAUGUUCACUGAGAAGGUGGUUGAGUUUGAAAGAAUUAGACUGGAGGAGUUGAAGAAUAUUCUAAAAAAAUACUAUGAACUAAUGUGUGAGAUACAGUACGAAACGCUGUAUGAUGUGCAGAAGUUUUUCGAGCAUAGAAUUAUGGAAGUGAACCAGCUCGCCCUGAACAACCUGCGAGGCUACGAGGACGUGAAGCUGCAGCUGACGCAGCUGGCCCACGGGCAGCUGCUCGACGCGUGCGGCCAGCUGCAGCUGCUCCGGGGCACCUGGGCGGAGUGGCAGCGGGAGCUGGCCGACAUCGCCGUCACGGACUAUGCUGCUCAGAUGGAAGACUGCGAGCCCCAAUUCUUCAACAGUUGGGAAGGAAGGAACCUCCUGGAAGUGUUUAAGGACAGGCGGCUCCAGCUGGAGAGACUGGUGUCAGAGUGGCCUGAACACAUAGACUAUCCUCCGAGCAAGGACAUGUGUCCCACCGAAGAGCUCCAGAAGGUGCUUGGAAACCUCGAUAGUGCAGCAAAAAAUCUCUUGAGUUCGUAUCAGUUAGCUGUUCAACAAUCGAUUGUCAAGUUCCGCAGCUGGUUGAAAGAUUUACGUCGUAAGCUCCUCGCAGACGGUAUCUGUGACGCAGAGCAAGUUGAGUGUAUGGAGGGUAAUCAUGAGAAAUUACUGACACAAACAGAAUCCUUGCUGGAUAAUGAAGUUAAGGGCGUUCAGGCACGCUGGAGUGACACGGUGGACAGGAUCGAGAGCAGGCUCGGAGAACCCAAGAAGCUGCUGGCCGAGGGAGCGUCGCUAUGGGCCGACCACCUGCAGCGGGUGUGCCGGGCGAAGACCGCCAUCAGCAGGCUUCUCGAGCAGCAGCGAGACGAGGGCGUCCGGGCCGUCGAGAACAAAGAAGUCGAGCUGAGCAUCGCGGUCGAUGACCUGAGGCAGGAGUGGCAGCAGGAAGCGCUCGACAAAGCCUUGGCGGAAAUACCUGGCAUCCUGGAGGACAUAGAGAGCAUACACACCAGCAACCAUUUGAAGCAAAUCGAGAUUGUCAACAAAUACCAGGACGUAGCCGAUACUGAACAACAGAUUUUUAUUGCUGAGAUCAAGAUGUUUCUGGCAACUAACUAUGGAAAAACUUUCACCACAGAACUGUUUGAUGAACAAUACGUUCUGGAAAUUCCCAGCGUAAUGCAGCGAGAAAUGGAGAUGUGUAAUGUAUGUUUGGUUGGUGUUCAAGCAUGGAAAGAAAGGCUGGAGGACGCCAUGGCCAGGUACCUGGGCGGCUGCGAGGCGGCGGCGAGGGCGGAGGCAGGCGGGUGGAUCGGCGACCGCACGGACGAGCUGGGCAGGAUGCACGAGCUGACGCUGGCGGUCCACGGCGCCCGCCUCGACGGGAUCAGAGAGGCGGUGCGCGACGUCAGGCUGGUCGAGAUCGAGACGCACCAGCGGAGGCUGCGGGUCCAUCAGCUGGGCAUUCAAGAACAUCUGGAUACGAUGCAGCAGUACUAUAGAGAACACGAAAAGAAAGCUGACGAGUUGGGAGCUAAUAUGGAAUUCGCCCAGCGUGCAAUGGAUUCCGAAGUUGAUGCUGUUGCUAUUAUUAGUGAUGCUAGUUACCUGUUGAAGAACCAAGCGGAGAAGUUAUUCAGCCAGUUCUCGGGGGAUUUGAAGCUCAUGCGAGUGGAGUUCCUGGAGUCUUGUGAGAGAAGAGCGUGUUGGCUGCAGCAGUGCAACUUGGACUUCGUGAGAGCCAUCAGGUUGUUUUCUGAAAAUGGCAACUUCAGUUCGGAUGAAGCUAACUAUUUCUUAAAGACACUAAAUGAUUUGAGUCAAAAAAUUGACCAAGAGUACAUUAACAUUAAAAAAAAAUUCACGAGCAGAAAUAACUUGGCAGUCCAAACAGCUCAAAGGAAAUUAGACAAGCUGAAAUACAGGCUGGAUGUCGUCGUGGAAGACCUGCAGUUCGACCGAGACGUCCUGAAAGCUCUCGACAAGCUCCGGUCGGGAAUGAAGGAGGCGGUGCGUGGCGCGAGGCUGCAGGGGGAACAGUUGGGCGAGAGCGUGACCUUCGCGUCGGCUGCCAUCGGGCGGCCCGAGCUCUCUGCCGACGCCUGGUGGCAGCGGCUGCUCGCGGACGUCUCGGCGAGAGCUCAGCUGCUCUUCUCGUCUGCCAGCAGCGGAAAUGACACUGAUGAGCCUGCCAUAGAUGGAUUAGUCAUCUUCCACACAGAAGAAGUGUCAAAAGUUCCAUCAAAAGUUCCACAGAAAGUGAAGUCUGGCGUCAAGAAUUACUACAAAGACUAUACAAUUUUUCUUAAACCACCGCCGCCCGGUAUUGAAUCAUUCCUCGUGACAACCAACAGACUUAUGUGGGAUUAUUUCUGUAAUCUGCAGGAGACAGCCCAGAAUUUUUACACCAUGAAAAAAGCAAGACCUGUCUUAAAGUUGGAUGUUGUACAGCCAGACUACGACAGCUUUAUGAUGGCUAUGUUGGAGACUCUGCGAUGUUACCAUUCGCAGUAUGUGCAAAUUUGGCUCCACCAAAUUUUAGAAUUGCUCCGCGCCCUGGCAACACUGGACUCCGUUGUGGCCCAGCACGCGGAGAGAAGCGUCUGCCUGUUCUUCGAGGACGAAACACGCAAGCUGCUGGACGAACGACGGGCGUUCCAGUCGGCACUCGGAGACGUGCAGAGAUGUCACGACUUGCAGCGAGAACGGCUGGACGCUCGCCUCGGGUCCCCCAGCAGCAGUAACAUGCUGGAGUCACUCGCACGAGACGUGAGGGAACUGGCUUCUGUCCAUUUAAGUGAGAUGGCUACACGUGUUGCAGAGAGCACGGAGCAAUUAAAUCUUGCCUUAAAUGAAUAUGAAAAUGGCUUGGCUACAAUUAGUGAAGCAUUGAGGUCAGUCCUCGACCAAGUGCUGUACAGUGGCCUGUCUCGGUCAGUGGCGACGCAGGCUCAGAAGUUGUGCAGCCUGCUACAGGCCAGUGACUUGGUGCCAGGGAAGAGUGGUGAUGAUGACGAGAGUGACGCUGCUAGCAAGGGUACUGAUGGUGCGAGUAACACAACCGUGCUUACAGAAGGUGAGCAGACCACCAGUUCACGAGAACCAUGUUUUGACACCAGUGAUGAGUUCACCAAGGACUGUGAAGGUUCAUAUAAGGACAACAUAAAACGGCUGGCAGAGGACAUUAACGAGGAGUCCACACGACUCUCCGACCGACUUGCUGGCCGCGAGGGAACGUCAGCUGAUGACUUGACCGUCGAGAACGUCUCUGCAGCAAAGAUGCACGAAUACCAAACCCUAUUUCAAGAAACAGUUCAGCACUUGGGAGACCAGCUGCCUGCUUAUGAAGAAAAAAUUCAAAGCUGGAAAGAAAUGUGGACAAAUAACACGGAAGAAAUCAAGAAGUUGUACAAACUUCAUUACGCUUAAAAUAAGGUUAUGUUUUGUAAAUUUUAAAUUAUAUAUGUCCAUAAAUUCCAUUUCCCUCAAAUGUUUUUCAGUUUACUACAGUAAUGAAAUUAACAUUUAUUUUAAAUGCAACUAAUAGCAAUAAACUAAGGUUAAUUGUUAUUGGAGUAGAGAUUUAUAAACACACACACAGAAUGGCUAGCUUGCAGAAGUUAUGUACUAAAACACUAAAAGUAAUAAAUUACUAUUCACAUACACCGAAGCUAGUCCUGAACAAGUUAUGUACAGUAACUGGUGCACCUGUUUAUAUUCUUUACCUUACUGGUUGCAUGAAUAAAUGAAUGUCUGCACAAAUUUGCUAUGAAGAAACAAAAACAUCCUUUACACAGUUUGCACCACUUAAAUAAUUAAUAAUUAGCAUUAGACUGCUUUUCAGCAAAAAAAGAUAAAAUAAUAAUUCACUUGCUAGAUGUUUUGAACCCUACCAACAGUAAAUUGCCAACGAAAGAACAAAAAGUAGAUAUCCCUUAUUGUAACUGUUGCACUUAUCUUAGUUACACCAAUUAUUAUAAUUGGAAGUUUUGGAAUGGACACUUUCAUAUAAGAUCUUAACAGAGGAAAGGUGUGACUAAAAUAAAUCUCAAUGAAUAUUUCAGUGGUAUUAUGGGAUUCAAUUACCCCUUUCCCAGGCAAACUUUUCAAUAGAAUUAACUUUGGGCAUACUAAUGACUUCGUCACUGCGAUUUAAUUUUUUUGGGAGGGAUAAACUUAUCAAAUUCCUGACUUUACAAACAAGAGAUGACCUACACUUACCAAGUUUACUGUUCUAAGGUGCACCUUGUUUUUGUUUAAGUUUGAUGAUACAGUGCAACUUACUGUAUUUACCUGCAGAAGAGUCACAUCUAUAAUUUGGGGCAUAAAAACUGAAAUUUGCACCA